AUGACAACGGAGGUGCCAGUUUCCCAGUGCACUCCACAUCAGCAGAAGCAUCACUUACUACCCCUCACAGACAAGGCCCAUCCCCCCAGCCACCUGUGCUCCCAAAGAGGGCACCAAGGAGAGCGCCAACCCACACCCUGCAUCAAGCAGCAGACAGGCAACAUGGACUUUAUGACCGUCCGGACCAGGGCAGUCAGGGUGAGCACUGAGUCACAGAGCACCAGCCGGGUCAUGUCCAAAGUGAAGCAGGACUGA